ACUGGUGUCCCUCCCAGGCAUGGAGCUUGGGCCCCAGGUUGCCCUGCAAGGAGUGUGAGUGAUCACACAGGUGGCUGAGGGCUGGCAUGCCUGAGGCCUGCCCAGCCUGAGUCACCUAGUGCUGUUGUUGUCCUGGUCCUUGUUGUAGUUUCUGCUCAGCUUCAUAGACCUCUGUGGAAACAACAGCAGUCCAGUCCCUUCAACCUCUCAAGAGAAGCUGCAGCCUGGCCUGAUGGUGAGACGAAUGGGGUGGGGGGGGAGCAGGAGGCAGCGGGGGCGGUGGGGAGACUUGGGGCCCAGCUCAGUGCCUCUGCUCCCUAUGGCACUGCCACUGCCUGCUUCUCCAUGUCGGGGACUUGGGGGAGGGAGGAUCUCUGUCUUCUCUCGGUCCCCUGCCCCUCAUACAAGAAGCUGCUCCUCUUCAAUGUUCCCCACUGCCUCAGGGUCCCCCUGCCUGGUGAUUCAGGAGGCAGGGGCUUCUCAGCCUCCACACAAUGCCUUACCCACCCCAGCCACACCCCCAAUACAGGCCCAUCCCACAAUGACACACACCUCCACUUCCCCCUCGUGGGGGUCCCACUCCACCCCACCCCUGGCCUCGGUCACUCCCCCUCCCUCCUGCCGGUGCCCCCAGGACCAUCCUGGGCUGCGGAUAGGCCCUCUGAUCCCUGAGCAGGAUUAUGAACGGCUAGAAGACUGUGACCCUGAGGGGUCUCAAGACUCACCCAUUCAUGGGGAGGACCAUCAACCCUUGCUUCAUGUACCUGAAGGACUUCGAGGCUCCUGGCAUCACAUCCAGAACCUGGACAGUUUCUUCACCAAGAUUUACGGCUAUCAUCAGCGGAAUGGCUUUGCUUGUAUCCUGUUGGAGGAUGUCUUCCAGCUAGGACAGUUCAUUUUCAUUGUCACCUUCACAACCUUCCUCCUUCGCUGCGUGGAUUACAAUGUUCUCUUCAACAACCAACCAAAGAACCAUACAAGACCUGGACCACUGCACAGCAAAGUGACCUUGUCAGAUGCCAUUUUACCCUCGGCCCAGUGUGCAGAAAAGAUCCACAGUAGUCCCCUGUUGGUCUUCCUCCUAGUCCUGGCUGCUGGCUUCUGGCUGUUCCAGCUGCUUCGCUCGGUCUGCAACCUCUUCAGCUACUGGGACAUCCAGGUGUUUUACAGGGAGGCCCUGCACAUUCCCCCAGAGGAGCUCAGCUCGGUACCCUGGGCCGAGGUGCAGUCUCGCCUCCUGGAGCUUCAGAGGAGCGGUGGGCUGUGCGUGCAGCCGCGGCCGCUGACGGAACUGGACGUCCACCACCGCAUCCUGCGCUACACCAACUACCAGGUGGCGCUGGCCAACAAGGGUCUGCUGCCUGCCCGCUGCCCACUGCCCUGGGGAGGCAGCGCCGCCUUCCUCAGCCGCGGCCUGGCGCUCAACGUGGAUUUGCUGCUCUUCCGUGGUCCCUUCUCGCUCUUCCGCGGGGGCUGGGAGCUUCCCGAAGCCUACAAGCGCAGCGACCUCCGGGGCGUCCUGGCCACCCGCUGGCGGCGCACUGUGCUGCUGCUGGCCGCCGUGAACUUGGCGCUGAGCCCGCUGGUGCUGGCCUGGCAGGUACUGCACGCCUUCUACAGCCACGUGGAGUUGCUGCGGCGCGAGCCGGGCGCCUUUGGGGCGCGCCGCUGGUCCCGCCUGGCCCGCCUACAGCUGCGCCACUUUAACGAGCUGCCGCACGAGUUGCGUGCGCGCCUGGGCCGUGCCUACCGCCCGGCCGCCGCCUUCCUGCGUGCAGCCGAGCCCCCUGCGCCCCUGCGCGCGCUGCUGGCCCGCCAGCUGGUCUUCUUCUCCGGAGCGCUCUUUGCCGCACUGCUAGUGCUCACCAUCUACGAUGAGGACGUGUUGGCCGUGGAGCAUGUGCUCACUACCAUGACGGCGCUCGGGGUCACAGCCACUGUGGCCAGGUCCUUCAUUCCAGAGGAGCAAUGCCAGGGACGUUCCUCCCAGCUCCUGCUGCAGGCGGCCCUGGCACACAUGCAUUACCUCCCAGAGGAGCCUGGUGCGGCGGGUGCUCGGGCCAGCUCUUACUGGCAGAUGGCGCAGCUGCUUCAGUACCGAGCAGUCUCCCUCCUGGAAGAGCUCCUGUCUCCACUCCUGACCCCGCUGUUUCUGCUCUUCUGGUUCCGCCCCCGAGCUCUGGAGAUUAUUGACUUUUUUCAUCACUUCACCGUUGAUGUGGCUGGUGUUGGGGACAUCUGUUCUUUUGCCUUAAUGGAUGUGAAGCGCCAUGGGCAUCCUCAGUGGCUUUCAGAGGGACAGACAGAGGCCUCACUCUCUCAGCGUGCAGAGGACGGAAAGACCGAACUCUCCUUAAUGCGGUUUUCCCUGGCACAUCCACAAUGGCAGCCACCAGGGCACAGCUCUAAGUUCCUUGGACACCUUCGGGGCCGGGUACAACAAGAUGCAGCUGCCUGGGGUGCUCCCUCGACACGCAGCCCCCCCACUCCAGGGGUGCUCAGUGACUGUACAUCCCCUCUGCCAGAAGCCUUCCUGGCCAACCUCUUGGUGAAUCCCCGCCCACCCCAGAGGGACCUGAGUCCCACAGCUCCCUGCCCAGCAGCCACAGCCAGCCUCCUGGCCUCUAUUUCACGCAUGGUCCAGGACCCCAGCUGUGUGUCCCCAGGAGGCACUGGGGGCCAGAAGCUGACUCAGCUCCCAGAGCUUGUUUCUGCUGAGAUGAGCCUCCAUGCCAUUUACCUACAUCAGCUUCAUCAACAGCAGCAGCAGGAACUAUGGGGAGAGGCUUCAGCUUCCUCCCCAUCCAGGCCCUGGUCCAGCCCUUCACAGCCAGGCUCACCUGAUGAGGAGAAGCCAUCUUGGUCAAGUGAUGGCUCCAGUCCUGCUUCCAGCCCAAGACAACAGUGGGGGACCCAGAGGGCCCGGAAUCUCUUCCAAAAGGGUUUCCAGGAGACCACAGACACCCAGAAGGAGCCCCCAACAGGCUCCUUGCACUGACUGAGGAUGCCUCAGGUUCUGGCUUUUCCAGCUGCAGGAAAUUGGAUGGGUGGCAUGGAAGGACACUUGAAGCCAUCUUCUAAGCCCCACUUCUAUUUCAGAUGACAGGCUCAGGAUAUUUUAGUUGGCUAUACCUGGGUGUCAAAGAGGAGCUUGCCCCAAGAACAGUGAAAGAGUAGGAGAUGACUGUGAGCUGAGGCAGCCUAUAGAUGGCUCUACAAGUAAGGAUAAGAGGCCAUUAGCCUGGCUAGUUGUGGAGCAGCUGCCUGGGAAGAAGGACCCCAGUGGCCUCAAGGUGGAGCAAGGGCCCAGGCGUGGUCCAGCUCAGUGUUAGGGAGCAGUGAGGCCUGAAAGGCAGGGAAGUUGUUCCUGUUGGCCUCCCCUUUGAGUUCCUGUGGGACUAAGGGUGGGGAAUAUGGAGACGGUGAGUGGAAAAACCAGAGAGGGCUGCUGGUUUUGGACUUCAGACUGCUGUGAUAUCAGGAGGAAGUGGGUGGGACUUCCCAUCCUGUGCUAAACAAGCAGCAGAAUUUGCUCAUGGCUGCACUGCACAUCUUUGCCUGGGAAUUCUGGCGUGCCCCACUUCUGGAAGCUGAGGGCUGCACCUGUUCACAGAACUGUCUGUGCCUGGUUAGAAACUUUUUUUUUUUUUUUCUUUCCAGAGUACUGGGUUACAGAGAGGUGUCUGGGACUCACUGUCAAAGAAUUACUAUCCCGACAUCUUUACACAUUAAAGCAUUGAACAA